UUGCAUUGCCACAAAUACCUGCAGCUGCUCCGUCAGCUACACUGGGGUCAGGUGUGACGCGUCCCUCGUGAUGGAUUGUGACGUUAGUCCAUGUGAGAACAAUGGAAGCUGUGCGUUACUAGCUGGAUCCUACAUUUGCACAUGCCCCUUCAAUUACAACGGAGUGAACUGUCAAAAUCCAGUUACAAAUGUGUUCGUCGAGUAAAUGACUCUGUAAUUGGAGAUCCACUGAUGACCGUACCACUCUACCUCACCAACACCAGUGCACUACAGAACAAUAUCAAUCUCGGAGAAAAUGAAGUUAUCAACCUUUGCUUUGAAAUCUAUGGUCAAGCAGACGAAUACUUUAACCUUGUGUCCGACUCCUGUAUUAGUGUGAAUGCACAUUACCAGCGAGCAAAUCCACAACUCAGUUCCAAUAUCAUAGAUGAGAUAACAGUUCGAGCAGCCGGACUUGACGGGAUUUGUCGAAACAUUUUAGUCCGUGUUGGAAACUGUCAAGCAUCAAUCGAUGGAUCUGUGCUUGAUGAGACUUACACAAGUGCUGGAAUAUCUGUGAGAAUGUAUCGGAAUCGUGUUCGAAUCUCUGCCCCUAAUUGUCAAGACCUUGAUUUGGUGAUGUGGGUGUUUUGUGAGCAGACAGAGCUGAGGGACCCUGAACUGGGAGAGCCCGAUAUCGUGGUCAAUGUUAGUAUGAUUCACUUUAUGAUUGCUCGUGGACUCAAUAUUCGCGAAUCGGCUCAUGGUCUGCUGGGUCAGUUUUGGAAUGUUCCCAUUACCAUUGAGCGCUACCUGGGCCCUCUCUCUGACGGUAGCACACGAGACGAUACCUACAUCCUGACUGUCAACUAUCCGAACACACCCCCUCGUCGUUUUGUGACCUUCCUGCACUCUUCAACGUGGGACAGACGAGGGAAGGAGUACUGUUUGUACGGGGGUAACCGACAGGGUGGAGGAAUAUUUGAGAUUGAAUCACCGAAUGAUCCAGUUAUCCAGGGACAAUACAGAGACUACAUUGUGGGGGAACAGUUCAGAGUUGAGUUUGCGUAUACUCAUUUUGAUUCUUCACAAUGUAGCCUAUGAAUACAUGCCACAACUAUAAUUACACUGGUAUGUUAACUUUGAACUUGGACACUUUAGAUGAAUUAUUAUGCCUAUGUGGUUUUAUCUACAUCUUUCAACUUGUGGUAUUCAUUAAUUAUUG